CUGCAGCCCUCGGAUCCACUCUUUGCCUCUCAAAGUAAAAUCUACGAGGAAAUAGGGGUUGAGGCGUUGGAACAUGCGCUGGAAGGUUACAACGUAUGCGUCUUUGCCUACGGACAAACAGGUUCAGGAAAAUCCUACACCAUGAUGGGAAAGCCAGAUGACCAGAAACACAUGGGUCUCUCACCACGUCUUUGUCGAGAUCUCUUCAUCCGCUUGGAGAAGAUUAAGAAGGAUCGUGGGUUGGAUUAUCAGAGCAUUGUUGAACUCUCGUACAUGGAAAUCUACUGUGAACGUGUUCGCGACUUGCUAAAUCCCUAUGGAAAGAGUAAUUUACGCGUUCGUGAACAUCCUGUCUACGGGCCCUAUGUUGAAGACCUAUCGCGAUGUGCUGUCCAAUCCUUCGACGAAAUUAACGAACUUAUGGAAGCUGGAAACAUGUCUAGGACUGUGGCUUCAACAAAUAUGAAUGAGGCUAGCAGUCGAUCGCACGCAGUUCUUACUUUGCUUGUUACUCAACGUGAGACUGACGCAAAAACUCAACUCGUCGCUGAAAAGCCCAUCAAUAAAAUCACUAAAACAAUGAACAGAAAUCUAGACGUCGAAAAGUGA